AUGUGCUCGUGUUUGGCAACAACGGAUAUAAUCCGCCUUAUCGGUUCAUCGCAUCGGAAACAAAAAAGCGAAAGAAUUUGAAACGAUGUUUUUACAAUUAUUUUAUUCAGUUGUAUACAGUCAGUGUCAGUCGGUAACGCGUGAGUGAAUAGUGGUGUCUGUUGCGUGGCUCAAACGAAAUCAAAAAUGGCACAUGUUUACGAAAAUGCUGAACUUGUGGACAUGAUUCUUAUUUAUGCGGCAUCACGGAGUUAAUAAAAUUUUGGUAUUCAUAUUCAACAAAUCUCUAUAGCCAUAGAUACUUUUCAGGUUGCUGAAACAGUUGCUGAAACAGUUUGUUAUGUGAUUUUUAAAACGCAGGUCCUCAUCAAGAAGUACACCUAAUUUUUUUACUUCAGUUUGCCUAUUUAUUGUAACGCCAUUGAUAAUAUUUAUUCUGUUCGUAAGAAGAUUCCUCGUUUUUUUGGGACCAAACAUAAUAAAAUUUGACUUAUCAGGAUUGAGGUACAAGGAGAUGUCGGAGAUACUUUUGAGAUCAGAACAUAUUCGAUGACAACCUUCAUCUACUUCAUCUGGGCGAAACGAAUAAAGAAGUUGCGUACCAUCCGCAUAUAA